AUGAAAACGGUGGAGGCGGCGCCGGGGGGCGCUGAUUGCUGGAGGUGGUGGUUAAAACACUUAGACAAAACAAGGCAUGUAGAGCUGAAGAUGGACCAGGCUUUGCUGCUCAUUCACAACGAACUACCCCGGACAAACUUGACUGUCUACUGGGCUUCUGAGCGCUGUUACCAUUGCCUGCUGGAGGUUCUCGUCAGGGUCGGCCAGAGUAGAAACCGGGGUCAGCGGAGCACGGCAGCCGUGGCUGUGAGCACCCAGCAUGGAACCAUCCUGCAGCUUAAUGACACCUUGGAAGAGAAAGAAGUUUGUAGACUGGAAUACACGUUUGGAGAAUUUGGAAACUAUUCUCUCUUGGUAAAGCACAUGCAAAAUGGAGCCAAUGAAAUUACUUGUGACCUAGUGGUCAAUGAGAAGCCAGCUGACAGUAAUCUUCCUGUGACUGUCGCAUUCCUUAUUGGUCUGGCACUCAUCAUUGGGAUAUCCUUUUUAAGGUUCUUGUUGAGUUUAGAUGACUUUAGUAACUGGAUUUCUAAAGCAAUACAUUCCCGGGAAACUGAUCGGCUCAUCAAUUCUGAGCUGGGAUCUCCAAGCAGGGCAGGUGUCCUCGGUGGUGAUGUCCAGCCAGAAGCAUGGCACCCACCGCCAGCGCCCCGCCUCCGCUGUGUGGACACUUUCAGGGGGGUAGCGCUCGUCCUCAUGGUUUUCGUUAAUUAUGGAGGAGGAAAAUAUUGGUACUUCAAACAUGCAAGCUGGAAUGGACUGACGGUGGCUGACCUUGUGUUCCCAUGGUUUGUAUUUAUUAUGGGAACUUCUAUUUUUCUAUCACUGACUUCCAUACUACAGCGAGGGUGCUCGAAAUUCAGAUUGCUGGGGAAAAUUGCGUGGAGGAGUUUCCUGUUAAUCUGUAUAGGAAUUGUCAUUGUGAACCCCAAUUACUGCCUGGGUCCAUUGUCUUGGAAUAAAGUCCGAAUCCCUGGCGUGCUCCAGAGGUUGGGGGUGACUUACUUUGUGGUUGCUAUGUUGGAGCUCCUGUUUGCUAAACCAAUUCCUGAAAAUUGUGCCUCGGAGAGAAGCUGCUCUUUUCUUCGAGACCUCGUGUCCAGCUGGCCCCAGUGGCUCUUCAUUCUGAUACUGGAAAGCAUCUGGCUGAGUGUGACCUUCUUCUUACCAGUUCCUGGAUGUCCUACUGGUUACCUUGGCCCGGGCGGCAUUGGCGACUGGGGCAAGUACCCGAAUUGUACUGGAGGGGCUGCUGGCUACCUUGACCGAGUGCUGCUGGGAGAUGACCACCUUUACCAGCAUCCUUCUUCAGCUGUGCUUUAUCACACUGAGAUGACCUAUGACCCGGAAGGAAUCCUAGGGACCAUCAACUCCAUUGUGAUGGCAUUUUUAGGAGUUCAGGCAGGAAAAAUACUCUUAUAUUACAAGGACCGGACCAAAGACAUCCUCAUCAGAUUUACCGCCUGGUGUUGUGUUCUAGGCCUUAUUUCUGCUGCUUUGACAAAAGUUUCUGAAAAUGAAGGCUUUAUUCCAAUAAACAAAAACCUCUGGUCCCUUUCGUACGUGACCACGCUGAGUUCAUUUGCCUUCUUCAUUCUACUUGUGCUCUACCCCGUUGUGGAUGUGAAGGGACUGUGGAUGGGAGCUCCAUUUUUUUACCCAGGAAUGAAUUCUAUUCUGGUGUACGUCGGCCACGAGGUGUUUCAGAAUUACUUUCCCUUCCAGUGGAAGCUGGGGAACACCCAGUCCCACAAGGAGCACCUCACUCAGAACAUCGUCGCCACUGCCCUCUGGGUGCUCAUUGCUUACAUUCUCUAUAAGAAGAAGGUUUUCUGGAAAAUCUGAGGAUAGCUCCAGCUGGACUGUGUUGUUGGCAGACCAAUCGCUGGGUCUGGGGGAGUGCUGAGGCAGCCUUCGGGAGGGGGAGUCGUUCAUUAUAGCUGACAGGUGUGUGAUUUCCAGACUCGUGGGAAGACUAUAACAUGGUUGUCAAAACUACCUGUGGAAUUGGGACUUAAGUAUUUGGAAGAUAAUUGCCUUUUUUCUCCGUUUUCUCUAUAAAUGAAUGUGUUUGAACUCCCAGGGGCAUUUUGCUUCUGUGAUGGGUAAAACGACCUAAGAUGUGAUUCCUGCUGUUUUCCUGCAGAUUGCGUUUCUACCUGACUACAUCCCAACCAGGAAAACCAGAAUUUCCAUUGUGGCUGACUAUAAAGUUUACUGACUGUGAUGUGUAUUGACAUGGUAUAUAUUUUUUUUGUCUUUUGCAGUAACCGUUUCAAGAAAAUAACGAUAAUUGGCGUUUUAGAUCUGCAAGGCAUUGACGGGUCCCAAAAUUGCCUUUCUCACUUAAGCCAUUUUCUCCUUUUCCCUAUUUGAAUAAAAGUUAAAAAUAUAGAUGUGUUCUUCCCA